AUGAGUGGCCCGCAGUGCGCGCUGUGCCGCGGCUGGCUCCCGGCGCUGCUGCUCCAGGCGCUGUUGCUGCUGCCGGCCACCCGCCUCGUCCGCGGCGCGCAGCCCGUGCUCUGCGCCCCCUGCACCCCGGAGAGGCUCGCUCUGUGCCCGCCCGUUCCGCCCGACUGCCCGGAGCCUGCCCGGCAGCCGGGCUGCGGCUGCUGUCAGAUCUGCGCCCUCGGGCCGGGGCAGCCCUGUGGGGUCUACACCGCCCGCUGCCGCCUCGGACUCCGCUGCCACAUCCCCGCAGGGGAGUCCCGGCCGCUCUCCGCCCUCAUCCAGGGGCACGGGACGUGUUUGCCCGCCAGCGAGGUCGGAGAGAUGCGCACAGAAGAGCCGGCAGAUUCUAUAGAACCUGAUGAUAUGUCUCUGGAAAGCACUGAAAUAACACAGGAUCAGCUGCUGAACUAUCAGUUGAUGUUUCCCAUAGGCCAGGAUAAAUCAAUUCCCUGGAAUUCCAUCACUGCUUAUGAAAACAUGAAAGCGAAGAGAAUAUCUGAACUCAAGAAAUGGAAAGAGCAGAGUCCUUGUCAGAAGGAGCUUUACAGAGCCCUGUAUAAAUUGGUGAAGACUCAGAGAAGCAGAGGGGAGAUUUACAAAUUUUACUUGCCCAACUGCAACAAGAAUGGAUUUUACCACAGCAAACAGUGUGAAACUUUGCUGAAUGGAGAGUCUGCUGAAUGCUGGUGUGUCUAUCCAAAAAACGGCAGAAGAAUUCCCGGAUCUCCAGCAAUUAAAGCAGACCCAGAAUGCCAACAGUAUCUCAGCUCGCAAGAAUAAAACUAAACCCCGAGGUUUUUCACACCAAGUUUUCUGUGGAGCCUGUUAUAGUCAGGAACCAUUCCAGUCAGGAGCCAUUUCACUAAGGUAGUCUUGUGCACCUGAUUUUGAGUGUAUGAGUGACCCCAAAAAAUAACAUUUUUACUGCACUGAGAUU